AGCCGGCUGUGACGUAUGAGCCCUCCUUCCUGUUCACACCGGGUGGAACGCCAUAUUGUAUGUCGUAACCUUGCGGUGAAGGUUGAACUCUUCUGCUCGUUACAGAGGUUCAUAAGGACUUUUGAGGACUCUUUUUCUCCUGGUAGCUCGCUAAAGUAUUCCCGCAGAGUUCAAGAUGUUUUCCUCGUUCCGAGACGUGGCAAAAUGCAACCCUUUUUUCAGCCCGUUCCAGGCGCAGUGUGAGGGGAGGGCACCGGCGAAAGAUGGCGCCCUAGUUCCAACAAGAAAUCUUGGCGCGGCAGCGGCCGCCGAAGGAGACAGCUGUGAGUUUGGAAGUGCUAAGUACUAUGCUCUGUGUGGUUUUGGAGGCAUCUUGAGCUGCGGGCUCACACAUACAGCCAUCGUGCCUCUGGAUCUGGUGAAAUGCCGCAUUCAGGUUGACCCAGGAAAAUACAAGAACCUUGUGUAUGGUCUGCGGCUGACGUUUAGGGAGGAGGGAGCUCGUGCCCUGGCCAAGGGUUGGGCCCCAACCUUCAUCGGCUACUCUCUGCAGGGUCUGGGCAAGUUUGGCUUCUAUGAAAUCUUCAAGGUCUUCUAUGGUGGGCUUCUGGGAGAGGAAUAUUCCUACACGUACCGAACCUCCCUGUACCUGGCUGCCAGUGCCAGCGCAGAGUUCUUUGCCGACAUCCUGCUGGCACCAUGGGAGGCCACCAAGGUGCGUAUCCAGACCAUGCCUGGGUUUGCCAACACCCUGAGAGAAGGCUUCCCAAAGAUCUACAACGCAGAAGGAUUCAACGGGUUGUACAAGGGCCUGCCCCCACUGUGGAUGAGGCAGAUCCCCUACACCAUGAUGAAGUUUGCCUGCUUCGAGAGGACAGUUGAGGCCCUGUACAAGCACGUGGUCCCCAAGCCCAGGGCGGAUUGUAACAAGGCUGAGCAGUUGGUGGUGACCUUCGUCGCUGGUUACAUCGCCGGUGUGUUCUGCGCUAUCGUGUCCCAUCCUGCCGACAGCGUGGUAUCCAAGCUGAACAACGACAAGGGCAGCACUGCCAUCGAGGCUGCCAAGGCUCUGGGCAUGAAGGGCUUGUGGAGAGGCCUGGGCGCCCGUAUCAUCAUGAUCGGUACGCUGACUGCUCUGCAGUGGUUCAUCUACGACAGUGUGAAGGUCGUCUUCCGCCUGCCCCGCCCCCCACCCCCAGAAAUGCCCGAGAGCCUCAGGAAGAAGCUGGAGGCAGCUGGGAAGCUGUAAAGUACCAACCACGGAACCGGUGUGGACUGUGAACCCGACUUCUUCUUGUCCAUUCUCUUGUCUUAAGCAUAUCUCAUGUCUUGAUGUCUCAUGCUGUGAUUUUUUAGGCUUGCAAGAAAUGGUCAAGAAGAACUGUUCACAGGGAAAAGGGAAAAAAAAACUGAUGUGAGCAAGUCUGAAGGGAAGAACAAAUCUCAUUUUUACCACUGGGAUACCUACUAUCAAUCCUUUUUUUUACAAGUAAGCAGGAUCAGGAUGUAAUCUGACAACACGAAACAGUAGUAAACUUGGGGAAAAGCUGCCUUAGGCAAGUCCCAUCCACGACAUGAUACGUAAUCCAAAGAUAGACAUAGCGAGUUUUAAACACCUUUCUUCCAAUCCUGCUGUCUUGUUUAGAGUGAACUCUGUCCAUGUACAUUAUGACCUUAUUGACUAGACAGUUAAUAGACAGUUACUCUUAAAUGAUGGAAUUCAGUAGGAUGAAGAAGUCAUAAAACUGUCAUUUUCAUCAGGGGCAUUUUAGCAUCAACAUAAAUUUGAUCAAAGUUGUAACUAUAAAUAAAAAUCAUUUUUAUUCAGAGAGAUGUAAAGAUGUCCGGAAUGGUGAUAUCCCCUGCCCCUUAUCAGUAUUUAUGAAAUACGACUUUAUAGGAAGGCUGCUCUGAACCAUGUUUGCUUUGAUGAUGUGACAAUAAAGAGAUUGGACAAGUGUGUAGAUAACUG